GAAACGAAGUCUCGAAAAACUGACAGUAACCCUCCAGAGGUAGAUGUUGCUUUGCUUACAAAUAAAGAACUUCCUAAAACAUCAAAGCGUUUGGAUCUUGAGCAACUGCCAAUCGAUAUUCUGUUGUUGACAGUAAAGGACAGUGAGUUUUUAGCCUGUGUUUCCCUCCUGACGAAUUUCUCGAGGAUAUUUCAAAAAGAGCUUGGCGACGUGUACAUCGGAAAUAUAGGGGAGAUGAAAAUCGCUGUAAUGAAGUGCAGAAUGGGUGGGGCUGGUCCUGGAAGUGCAGCGGGUGUUGUUAGAGACGCAGUCAAGGCCUUAACGCCCAAGGCGGUGUUUUGUGUUGGUUACUGUGGGGGCUUACAACCAGUCAAAGUCAAGCUAGGAGAUGUGGUUAUUUCCGAGGUACUAAUCACAUACGCUCCUUCAAAAGUCACCAAAGAUGGUAUUGAAGAACGUGGCGACCGAGUUCCGCUUAAGCCCAAUCUUGCCAAAGUAAUACUCAAUGCUGCUGCUGGAUGGAACGCACCGUUGCGGGAUCCAGAAGAAUUAGAGGUGGCACAGGUACGAGGUGCGUUACUGAGUGGACCACAAGUGGUUGAUGACAGUGAUUUGCGUGAAGCACUUCUCAACCGAUUCCCUGGGGCAAUUGCUAUCGAGAUGGAGGGCGAAGGUAAAGUAAAAUAACAUUUUAUGACAAAAAUUCAUCAAUCUCCAUUUAAGUGACGUAGAAAUGGGCGCAACGGUUAUCCAAAAAGUUCCGAUCCAUUGAUAAUAAUGCAUUCCCCGUAUACACCAACGCUCAAAGGUGCUUUAACGUUGUUUAGUUUCCUAAAGUUUUAAAUCCUGUUUUAAUUAGUUUAAAAUGUGUACGAUUCAGACUAACUAGAAAAUAAUCGUAGCGACUUUUGAUUACUUUCUAAAUAUCGCUUGACGUUCGGAAAUAUUUAUCACAAGCUGUAUUAAAAUAGACAACAUUUUAGCAUGUUAAAACUUUGGUGUGAACGAGACACAAGGUUUGAGGCGUUUUUAAACCAAUGGAGAAUUGAAAUAAACUGGCUUCAAUUCUUUUCUAAACCGUACACUUUAAAAAAUAUAUUUGGGAGCUUGAGCAACUACGAAGGCGCUGAGGGCAAUUGGAACGUCGAAAAAGGAAAACAUUAGCUGAUUCAAACAAAAACCCAUCAUACUUUUAGAUCUUUGGUCAAAUUCCAGAUCCUUCUCUUGGAAAUGUGUUAUCUACUACUUGUUAUCUUCACUUUCAGGUGUUUACUCAGCAGCACAUGACCUGAACAUUGAGUGGAUAAUUAUAAAAGGCGUGUCGGACUUCGCAGAUGGCAAAAACUCUGAGAAAAAUGCAUGGCGACCCUUUGCGAGUACAAUGGCUGCAUCAUUUGUUGCUCAUAUCCUCAGUAAUCCCAUCAUUUUUGAAGACUGGCCUCACUACAAUAAUGGAAAGACGAGUCUACCUCCCUCCUCAGGUGACUACCAAACUGACGUGUUUAAUUUUUUAAAUGAUAAUUAUAAAACAAACAACCAACAGUGUUCCAAGAUACAACAGACCAAGACGCGACUGAUUCUACACCUGAAUGUGGCUUUUUUUUAA